CCCGCGCGCGCGUGUGGGGAGUACGCAGCGCGCGAGUUCGCACCCACGGGGAGUCACAGUUACAACAAAGGAGCAUGCGGGGACGACGGCUCUGAGAUGCGAGAGAACUUCGAGCGAAAAUAGUAACGAAUUGAAAGUUGCAUACAUACAAAAGAGACUGUAAUACGAGGAAGGGGAGAAAAAGAGCAGCAUGCCAUCACCCAUGGAGCACACCAAGUCCAGCGUGCUGUCCAGGAGCCGGACCAAGACCACAGGCAGCAAUGGCAGCUGCCAUCAGUCUGAGGAGGAGAGCAGCGACGAGGAGCGCGUAAACGGUGACAACAUGAUCCGAGUUGGUGGCGAUUACCAGGCGCAGAUUCCUGAGUGCAGACCUGACAGCCCAUGUCACAACGCUGAGAUGGAUCAGAGGAGCAUGCUAGUGUGGUCCCCCAACCACACGAUUUCUGAGGCCCAGUUGGAUGAGUACAUCCUCAUGGCUAAAGAGAAACAUGGCUAUAAUAUGGAGCAGGCUUUGGGCAUGCUGCUAUGGCACAAGCACGAUGUAGAGAAGGCCCUGGCUGACCUGGCCAACUUCACGCCCUCGCCAGAGGAGUGGACAGUAGAGGACAAGGUUCUGUUUGAACAGGCUUUCAGCUUCCACGGCAAGAGCUUCCACCGCAUUCAGCAGAUGCUGCCUGAUAAACAAAUCUCCAGCCUGGUGAAAUAUUACUACUCCUGGAAGAAAACUAGAAGCCGUACCAGUGUCAUGGAUCGACAAGCUCGUCGCCUGAUGACCAAGAGAGAAAAGGAUGAAAGCAAUGACGAGGUAGAGGAGGGAGAUGGAGGGAGCGACAGCGACGUUGAGGUGGACUCAAAGAAAGAGACUCAGAAACAGAAUGCAAGCAAAACAGGAGAAACAGACAAGGCUGCUUCUAGCAGGCCUGGUCCAGUCCGCAAGGAUAACCAGAACUCUCAAUACCGCCAUCAUCCUCUCCGAUCUCGCAGACGCCCUCCCAAGGGCAUGUACCUGGACCAGAAAGACAUUGUCUCCCUUGCUGCCACGCCAGACAUUGGUGCUUCCAUACUGAAGAACCUGGACUCACAAUUGGUGUCACUGAAGAGACAGGUUCAGUGCAUCAAGCAGACCAACAGUGGCCUGAAGCAUGGCCUGGAUGGAGGGAUUGAUGUCAUUCGUCCCACUGAGUCUGUCACCAAGAUCACCUCCCGUUGGACUACUGAGGAACAGCUCCUGGCUGUGCAGGCCAUCAGACGCUAUGGGAAAGAUCUGCACGCCAUCGCAGAGGUGAUCGGCAACAAAACAAUUGCCCAGGUCAGUUCCUUCUUCAUCAGCUACCGGCGCAGAUUCAACUUGGAGGAAGUUCUGCGUGAGUGGGAGGCGGAGCAAGAAGUACCACAGGGUCGUGUUGGGAGUCUGGAGGAUGUCAAGGGCACUACUGUCACGGGUGGAGCACUGUCGGGGGCCAGCAGUAGUGCCGAGGAGGAUGAGGUCCAGAUCACAGCAGAAUACCCUUCUACUCAGAAUGAGAGCCCCCAUCCUACCACCGCAAGCUCAGCAGAUGAUGGCACCACAAACCAAAGCACCACUUCGCUGUCUCAGCCACCCCCAUUGCUGCGCCCUGCCCCUCCCACUGCUCCUCCCAGCUUACUCCGGCAGCCCCCGCCACUGCAGACCCGUCCUCAUCAACCCCGCACCCCUCACAACCACCCACCUCCACCCCUGAUACGCCCAGCAAUGGCUUCCACGCGUCAACAGGGGGGUUUCCGGAACUCCGUGGGACCCAGUUCCAAGUCUUUACCGUUGUCUUCUUCACUGGGGCAGAUGCCACCCUCACUAAUAGGGAGAAAAAUGGAAUCCUAACACUAAGGAUCAGGGAAGGAGGAGGCUGGGACAUAUGCACACAGGCCAGGAAAAGAAAUCAUUAUUACUGACAUUAUUGGCAGCAGCAUAUUUUCAAGUUUGGCCUGAAGCUGAGGGAAAGACCUUCAUUCUUCUAGAUCCACUGUAUCACUUUCUCCCUCCUUUGUUCGACAACUUUCACUGUCCAAACUACACGUCCAACUAACUCACCGCUCUAAGCAUGACGCCCCUCCCAUCCUUCACUUAUAGCCUCCUGACCCACUCAGCUGUCACACAGAGAUCGACCAAAAUGUUACGAAGUCCAAAGGUAAAAGACAAAUUCCAUCGUGAGGCGAAACACUGGUCUUCCAGCCCCUGUCCAUCCUGCCCAGAAUCCCAGGACUCUGUAAUGUACUGGGUAGCAGAGCGAGCGUGGCAGCCGCUGUGAUCUGAAGUCAUGUCAGUCAAGCAAGAGCCAUGUAUGAUUAGCAAGUGCAAGAGACUAGUGGUCAUUAGAGACAUGUAGACAGGUAAGAACUUUGUUUAAUUGACACCAGGGCUGGGAAGUAGUUGAAUCUGAGUGAAAUAAUAUAGUUAGUAAAUAUGAAUUGCACACACAAA